AUGAGUAUUUCACCUCUGCCCGCAGUAAUGCUUCAAAAGAAAGUGAAGCAAAGCGAGGCCAGGUCGGUGGAGGUGCGUCUUGUAGUGGGAGGCUGCCCCAUACUUGCUCCUGAGCUCCCUAUGGCCACGUCCGUGCCUCCUGAGUUGUCGAGGAGAGGUGGGGCAAGCUAUCACGUGCAGAAAGCUUCUAUUUCAGAUACUCUACUAAUGAGACAAUCGCAGCCAGCUCAUAAAACAUUUUGGGGAGCGAAGAGAGCUGGAGGAGUUAUUUGUGGUAAUUGUUUGUAG